CAGAUGUCGCGAGAAUCUCAUGCGCCACAAGGAAACAUGGCGGCAUUAGCUGUAGUCGAAACUCCUUCGGGCAAAGAUGCGAUAGCCGAAGGUCUGUUUGACCUCUUGAAACCCGCUGUCCAGCAGCUCGAUUUGCAUGUGCACUCAGUAAGAGAGAGCCAAGUAGAGCUACGGGAACAUAUUGACAAUUUGGCUACAGAAUUGUGUAGAAUCAAUGAACACCAGAAGGUGGCGCUAGACCUGGACCCAUAUGUCAAGAAACUGCUGAAUGCGCGACGCAGAGUGGUACUGGUCAACAACAUUCUGCAGAAUGCACAGGAGCGUUUGCGGCGGCUCAACCACAACGUUGCCAAGGAAACGGCACGCAGGAAGACCAUGCUCGAGACGUCGGGUGCAUUCACACCUCGCUCGCCCAGCAAGCCUUGAUGCGGUUCAUCUUCUCACCUCCAGAGACUGAGAUUGCACCCUAAUACCCUUUCCUGAGUUUUUAAACCCCCAGCAGGCUCGCAAUGAGCUUUUCGGGCGCUUUAACACCGUGUGACCUGACAUAGAUGAGCCACUAGAGGGCGGCAGACACAAAGAAUUCUGACCAUGGACUGUGUCACUGUUGAAAAACUCAACCAUGUGCUUGCUGGUUGCCCGGGUAGCGCAUGUGUGGCUGUGACAUGGUGAUCUAUUUUGAAACAGUGACAUAGCUGUUUUAAAAUGUAUUUCCAUGACCUUAGAAUUAGCAAUGUUAAACUUCAUCAUUUGGGAUAUUGUAUUUUGCCACAAGAGGGAGUUGUGAACAGCUAAAUGUUGUAGAAAGGGGUAUUUGUGUUUUUUGGCAGCUUGUUUAAUAAUGCUGAUUAACUUUAAUUUGAUUCAGGAUGUGCAUGCAUGAUGUACCGUUCUGCUAAGCCAGUGUGAUCUGUGUCCCAUGUGUGUGGAACAGAGUCUUACAUGAAAUACUGUCUCAGUUUGUAGAGAUUCUUUAACAAUGACAUUUUUCAGGUUGUAAUCUGUUGAAACAGUGCGAAGGCUCACACAGUUAUGGUGUGUGUUUCUGGGCAGUGCUCCACCGAGGUGUUUGUUUUCAGCUGUUUGGUUUGCUCUCAAGCUGCUGUUUUGCUGUCCUGCUGGUCAUCGAUGACUUAUUAGUCAGCCUCGUUUUGUUUCCAUCAUGUCGUCAUGCCUUCACACAUGCCUGUCUCUUGUUGUUGAAGGUGUUAAAGUAUAUGUGUCAGUCAGCUUGGGAAGGAUCAAUGGAAGAUAAAUGAGCAUUGAUACAAAUAUUGCACAAUAAAAGUAUUUCAUGACCAAAA